UCGCCAUCCUCACCACCAUCGCUCAGUCACUUGGAUCCCAAACCCGCGUCUUCAGAACCUGGACGGGCACCGACCCCUGUGGCACUGGCGGGGGACCGGUGUGGCGGGGAGUGCUGUGCGCGCCUGCGGCGAAUUCCACCAGCAACGCAACUUUUGUCACUUCGCUAAUUUUGCAGCAAGUGGAUCUUUUAGGCACGCUUCCUGCUUCCCUGUUCAACCUCACUACCCUGCAACUGCUUGACCUUUCAUUGAACAAGAAACUCUCGGGCUCUCUCCCAUCAACCAUCGGCCAGCUAACCAGCCUCACAAGACUGGCCCUCUCUGGGUGUAGCUUCACGGAUUCGCUCCCGACAACACUGGCGGCACUGACCGGCCUUCAGAUGCUCGAUCUCAACACCAACAAUCUCACGGGACGCAUUCCCACAGAGAUAAGCUCUCUCGUGAACCUCAGCUACUUUGACGUCACCAGCAACAAGCUGGAAGGACUAGUGCCUGCCUUCGGCCCCAUGGUGGAACAUCUGCAUCUGAGUAACAACAAGUUCAGCAGUCUCUCUUCUACCAUUGGCUCGCUUAAGAGACUCAUUCAUCUCUUGCUUGACCACAAUCAGCUGAACCACGACGUUCCAGCAUGGAUCGCUAAUUCCAGAAGCCUUAAAAUCCUUGAUCUUAGCAACAACAGGAUAACAGGAACAAUCCCACGUCUCGACAUGUCUAGUUUGGAGAGCCUGAUCCUCUACAAUUCCCACUUGCCGCCCCAGCCUCUGCCCUCUUUCGACCUCCUACCUGCCCUUGCUGAUCUGGAAUUGACCAAGAACCAGUUCAAUGGCACCAUCCCGCCUACCCUCUUCACUUCCCAUUCCAAUCUCGUCACUAUAAACCUUCAGGACAACAAUCUCACAGGGACCAUACCUCCUGAUGCAGCCGCUGCAGACUUACCUAAUCUUUGCACAAUAUCCCUGUCUGGCAACAACCUGACGGGUGACAUCCCCAAGCUGAGGCAGCUCCCCGCAUUGAUGCUCCUCUCGCUCUACGAUAAUCACUUCACAAGUGCUCCAAGCGACCUCCUAGUUAACCCGACCAAGAAUACUAAGGACAAACUCAUGACCCAGCUCUACGGGAAUCCCCUCUGCUCGCCCUAUCAGCCCAAUCUCUUCACGGUCUGCUCUCCGCCCGCCGAGUUCCCCGCAUACAAGCUCCCGCCGUUCUGCACAGGCCUGACCUGCGACCAAUACUACCACCCCAACUACCCGCUCUUCAAGCUUUCGAAUAAGAACUGCAGCUGCGUGACCACCCUAGAGGUGCAGCUGAGGAUGCUGGCACCGCAGUACACCACUUACAACCGGGACAUUGUGAACAAAAUUAGGGGAUGGCUCCGGACCAACUUGCAAAGGCAAGGCGUGAAGAUGAAGUGGUUGCAGAUCGUCAUCAGCAGCAUCCUAAUCCCUACCGCCACGGAUAGCGACGUCACCGUGACCAUCCUCUUCUUCCCCCCGCUAGACGACCCCGGGUGGCAGCAAGAGCCCGCCCGGACCUACAAAAAGAGGAUCCCGAAUCUGUUUGACGCCCACAAGCUCCUCCUACUGGGCUCUGCCAUGGGGCCAUACACCAUCCAGGGGUUCUACGGCCCAGAUGACCCUCAUGCCAACGUCACAUCACCGGCACCACCAGCGCCAGGGGGGAUUGCAGUUGUUGUAGUGGUGGGUAUAUUGGCAGGGGGAGUGGCGAUUCUCGCACUGCUGCUCGUGGGGCUUACCUGGCUGCUGCUGCACCGUCAGAAAAGGCGAGACUGGUGGGGGAAGGAGGACUAUGAGGCGAUAGAGGGGCUGAACCUGGUGGGCGUGCAGCGAUUCAAGCUGGCGGAGCUGGCCGAUGCGACCCAGGGGUUCAAGACACUGCUGGGGGAGGGCGGAUACGGACAGGUGUAUCACGGGCAGUUGCCAUCAGGGGAGAAGGUGGCGGUCAAACGGGCCAAGCCAGACGUGCAGGUGAACGGCAAGGAGUUUCGCAACGAGAUAGAGCUGCUGUCGGCAGUGCGGCACCGCAACCUGGUGGUGCUGAGGGGCUUCUGUGUGGAGGCAGGGGAGCAGCUGCUGGUGUAUGAAUUCAUUGAGAAGGGCACCCUGGAGGACAUACUGAGAGGCAAGUCCGACUUGCACCUGACAUGGAAGCAGCGGUUGGACAUCGCCUGUGGAGCAGCCAGGGGGUUCGCAUACCUGCACCAUCAGAUCAAGCCGCCUAUCAUUCACCGAGACGUGAAGACGGCCAACAUCCUGAUCACGGCAGCAGGGGAGGCGAAGGUGGCUGACUUUGGGAUCUCCAAGGCGGUGAUGGAAGGGGAACAGCUGGACACGCAGGUCAAGGGCACCGUGGGCUACCUAGACCCUGAGUACUACAUGUCAGACCUGCUCACUGAGAAGAGCGACGUGUUCAGCUUUGGCAUCGUGCUGCUGGAAAUAGCCACAGGGCUCCGGCCAAUCAGCGACAACCAGCACAUCCGGCAGCUCGUCAUCAAGCGCGUCAUGGCGGGCGGCAGGGGCGCGACAGCUGUCAUCGAUCCGGUGUUGCUCACUGGUGGGGGUAACCCUGCACUGCUGAAUGCGGUAGGAGCGAUGGAGGGAGGAGGAGGAGGAGGAGGAGGGAGUGUGGAGGUGGUAGUGGAUAGCGCAGGGCCAUCCCAAGGGAGCACCCAGGGCGGUAUUCCCGAGGAGGUGGAGGCGACGUUUGAGUGGUUUCUCAAGCUGGGCAUGCGCUGCAGCGCCAGGCUGUCGCAGGACCGCCCCGCCAUGCAACACGUGGCAGCUGAGCUGGACGCCAUGCGGGCGAGGGUUAUCCAGAUUGCGAGGCUCCGGGGAGGAACCAGUGGUGGUGGCAAUGAUGCUGGCAGUGAUGGUGGUGGUGGUACUGGCACUGGUGGUGGUGACGCUGCUGCUGCUGCUGCUGCUGCUGCUGGUGCUGCUGGUGGUGCUAGUGGUGCUGGUACUGGUGUCUCCUCUGCUACUUUCAACAGUGGCGCUAGCAGUAAGGCUAGCACUGGUGCCAGCCCUGGCGUUAGUACCACUGGUGCUAGUAGCGCUGCUUUUAGCACGGGUACCAGUGCGGUUAGUGAGGAGCGAUUCUGGGAGGACAUGGCAAACGAAGGGGCUCUAGUGCCGGGGUUUAAUGAUGAUGAGGAAGAGAUGGAGUACGGUCAAGAGGUUUACGACAAUAUGACGGGAGCGAAGGGUGAGGGACACGGAAGGCAGGGAACGGUAGGGGUUUCUGGGAGCGUGGGCGGUGGAGGGUACACGAGCAGCAGCAGUGAGGGUGUGUGGAGGGCAGGGGGGUCGACCACGGGUUGGACUAGUGACAGUGCCCCGAGCAGGGAGAUGUGA